AUGGCCUACUGCUGGCAGGAAGGGAAGGAUCGAGUCAUAUGUGUGACUAAAGAAGACCAUGAAACUCCAAGCAAUGCCGAGCUGGUGGCUGACGAUCCCAAUGAUCCAUACGAGGAGCAUGGGUUGCUCCUGCCCAGUGGAGACAUUAACUGGUGCUGCCCGUGCCUUGGGGGAAUGGCUAGUGGCCCCUGUGGGGAACAGUUCAAGUCAGCCUGUUCCUGCUUCCACUAUAGCACGGAGGACCUCAAAGGAUCAGACUGUGUAGACCAGUUCUGGGCCGUGCAGGAAUGCAUGCAGCAGUACCGGGACCUCCAUCUCCAAGACAAGGAGGAGGAGGAGGAGGAGGAGGAGGAGGAGGAGGAGGAGGAGGAGGAACCAGCAGAAUGUUUAGAAAAGGCAGCUCUAGCUAAGGCCACCGCAACCAAAGAAGAGGAGGGGUCAAGUUAA